GGCUUGUUCCCGACCACCACUCGUCCAGGGGAACAGCGACAGUACCAUCAGGGAGCAAGUGCGCGUCAGGAAGUUCCGCAUACGAUUUUUUCGCCCGGGUAGUUGCCCGCAGUGGUGCUCUUGUCUGAAAUGCGCGUGUUGAAGAAUGAUUCACAAACGCGCGGGCUACCUGCCGCGCAUAAUUCGCUGGCCUCAUGCGAUAGCGAGGAGCAGCAAUAAUUUUCUUACGUAAUCAAUGUAUCAACCUGUUUGGUUUCAUUCAAGCUCAUCUCACGUUCCUUACACCUCACUUCAUCUUCACUGUCAUGUCGUUCGCAGGAAGGAGACGCGGAAACAAAGUGAAAAAGGGAGUUCAAUUCACUGUUAUGGUCGUCGGUGCUUCUGGCACUGGACGCACCACUUUCGUGAACACUCUCUGCGAGAGCGAGGUUUUGUCGCACAAGAUCUCUGACGCGCCAGAGUCUGCCCAUAUUGAGGAGGGUAUCAAAAUCAAGCCCGCCAACGUUGAGCUUGAUGAAGAUGGUGUUCGCAUUGCUCUCACUAUCGUUGAUACGCCGGGUUUCGGGGACAACAUUGACAACGAAUUUGCUUUCCAAGAAAUCAUGGGCUACCUGGAACGUCAAUACGACGACAUUCUGGCUGAAGAAUCCCGCAUUAAGCGCAACCCUCGCUUUCGCGAUAACCGUGUCCAUGCCCUGCUCUACUUCAUUCCUCCGACAGGGCACGCUCUGCGGGAGAUGGAUAUUGAGUUAAUGCGCCGUCUUUCUCCUCGUGUCAAUGUGAUUCCCGUCAUCGGAAAGGCCGACAGUCUUACGCCCUCGGAACUGAAAAGCUUCAAGAAACGGAUUAUGGAAGAUAUUGAACACUACGAUAUUCCGGUGUACAACUUCCCGUACGACGUGGAAGAAGAUGACGAGGACACCAUCCAGGACAACAGUGAACUGCGGAGCUUGAUGCCGUUUGCGAUCAUCGGAUCCGAGGAGGAGAUUGAGCUCGAUGGACAACUUGUCCGUGCCCGGAUUUAUCCUUGGGGUAUCGCCGAGGUGGACAACCCGAAGCACUCUGACUUCAGUCGCCUUCGGAGCGCGUUGUUAAAUUCCCACCUGUCAGACCUCAAAUCGUUGACUCAUGACCUGCUGUACGAGACCUACCGUACCGAGAAGCUUUCCCGCAGUGUUCAUACGGAUCUGCCCGACUCGUCGAUCCUUCCGGAAGAAAUGGCCAAUCAGAGCGUGCGUCUCAAGGAAGAGCAACUGCGUCGCGAAGAAGAGAAGUUACGCGAGAUUGAGCUGAAGGUGCAACGCGAGAUCAACGAAAAGCGGCAAGAGUUGCUUGCGAAGGAAGAAUCCCUCCGCAAUUUGGAGAGUCGCCUUGCCGCACAGGGCUCAUCUGAGUUCCGUGACUAGGAACUUGCCCAGUUGAUACCCAUGGGAUGAUUUCUGCUUUUUUGAUACUCUUGGAUAAUCAUUGAGACUGCCUCAUCGCAUAUACCACGUUCUUUACCAUCGCUCUUUUUGUUCGCCCUUUUGCAAUCAGUACCGUGGUUAAUUCUUCCCAACAGCAGAACACUUAUCAGGCUCUCUUGUGGCGGUUUCCAGAUCUGUAGCAUGCGUCGAUCACAAAUCACAAAUCUGUGAUGGUCGACAAUUAAAAAUUGACGGCGGUACCCAGCCCUUCCCGAGAUCGCGAUGGAGGCGUAGCAACUUAUACUCGACGAGCCUGCAAAAAUAGCAAGCCUUGACAACGUAGACUACUGAAAGAAUCGCGAUCAAGCAUUCUUGAAUCUUGAGUGAUGGAUCGAACACGGAAAGACUGAAAGAGGCUGCGAUUGUUGUUGUGUUUGACAUCACUACAUUCAAGGGUUGUUCAGAGCUCGCUGGAUCCCCGGUCGCUGCCGCGUUCGAUGUCGAACCGUCGCCGCUCAAGUGCUGCAACGCGGCCUGCACCUGCCCCACCCCCUUCUGGGCCCAUCCCAAAGAUUCCCAUACCCCCACUCCCUGACUCUCCCGAGGUGCCUCGCCAAGUCAGGCAUAACGAUGAACUGGACGACCCUCCGCCGCCCUCUAUCUUACAUUUAUCCGGACCGUCUGUGGAACCCCCAGAUCCUCCUCGCGACCCCCCUCGCGAGUUUCUUCUUCCCGAAGCUCGACCAGAGCCGCGUAUACCCUCCUCUCGAAGAGCACUAACUCGUGCUCUAGAGCUAGCCAGAGAAGCAGUUCAGCUUGAUUCAACGAACGAGGAACCGUAUGCGGCCGUUACGGCGUAUGGUCGCAGUGUCGCACUAUUGAGCGAGGUAAUGGAACGAGUUCGACGCGGUGAAGAUAGUACCGAUUCACGAAGGCGGCAUGGUCGACCUAGGAGUGCUGUUGCCCAAGAGGAGGAGAUUCGGAGGCUUCAAAACAUCCACGAUACAUAUGCGGACCGCAUGAAUAUCCUCAGCAUCAUAUAUAACAUUCCUCCCGCUCCAUACUCCGCCAAUGCCGAAUAUGCAGCCAUGCUACGCGAAUCCACACCGUCGACAUUUUCGCCGACGGGAUCCCAGUCCGUAAUGCCUGAAUCAGUGCACUCGUCUGUGGGAGGAUCCAUCUCCUCCGCAUCAGACGCCAUUCCACCAGAGGAUGAGUACCAGGACGAUCAUUCACCGGCUCGUAACCCAUUCGACACUGGACACGACCGAGAUCUGAAUGAGGCUGGCAUGUUUCUAUUUGAGAAUGAGCGGGGGUCGCAAGCACCCAUCUCCCAUCCCUACGCGGCAGUCUACGAGGAAGCUCUGCCCCCUGCGACUUCAUCUGGCAUCCGCAGUCGCCGACCACGGAACACGUCUGCUGCAGCAUUCGCACCGCCGCCACCGCCGCCAUCAAAUGCCCUCCCCCCUGCUCCUGUUCCUGCAUCUGAUGAGAUUUCUGCCGAAACUACUGGAGAACACAGAAGAACGCACUCUGCUAGCCGACUUGCCGCACUGGAAGAAGAAGUGCGAGAGGACAGAGGGCAAACACGGGCUUACGUCCCCGACCGUGUUGGCGAAUCUCCUCCAUUACCCCCACUUCCGUCUCCGACGCGAUCUCGACCACCUGUGCCAGUUGCCGCCCCGAUUGCGAAUGUGAUCACGCCCCGACCGCGAGGGUCGUCGUAUAUAUCUCCCCGGACUGAAGUGCCUCCUUCGGGGGUCAUCAAUGGGACGAUAAAUCAAGGGACCAUCUUCCAUCGACGAUCAACAAAAUCGUCUGCACCCCCCAGCACCCGAUCCUCCUCGCCGGCGGAAUCGACGACGUCGGCCGGAUCCAACACUGUCGCCAAAUCUCUGUCCGGGCGCAGUCGUUCUGUUUCGCAGCCCGGCCGACGACCAUCGCUCAUCAAUGGUCGUAUAUCUCCAGCACUGACCCAGCCGCCCCCACCGUUACCGUCGACUAAUGGGACACCUUCGAUUCUUCCCCGCAAGCCGUCGUUCGCGUCCAAGUUGAACCCUAACAAUCCAUUGUUUGUUCACACCGACCUUCCGCUUUCUUCAACGCUCGGACCACCGAUAUUCAAUCAACUUCCCACUACGCCAACAUCACCACUGCCCCCUGCUCCGCCGACAGACCCUAUCAGGAAACCGUAUCACAUGAUGAGUCUGCUGCGCACGACCAUGAUCUCUGCGACCGGGGGCUACGUGACCCGUCGGCUCCAUGUUCCGCAGGGUGUCUGGUCACAGGGCGGAGCCAAGCUCACCAAUGUGUCUGAGAAGAUCCGCGUGGUGGCUAUUCUAUGUUCUGCGCUAGAAGAGUUGCAAACGUGCAGUUCUGAACACUUUGGAGCGGGUAACGUGAGCAGUGGGAUGGGGCUUGGAAUUGGGAGCAUCGGUAGGACUGAGGGAGAGGCCUGGAUCGGUCGGUUGGAAGAGUUCUCCAACAUUUGUGAUGGUGUGGUUGCGAACUUUGGUAAGAAAUUGGGCGUUGGAGAAGGAUUUGUGGUCAAGAAAUCGUCUUGGGGUGGCAAGCUUACUCGGCAGUUCGACAAGUUUACCGCCGGAAAGAAUCUCGAUUCACCUGCCGCGUAUGUUUCUGGCCUUCAGAAACUAUUCCUCUACGCCCAGCUCCUUGACGAGCACUCUCAAGCCAUCACAUCUCAGCCUGUUGCAGCAGUAUAUGCAGCAUUACCAGCAGAUAUCCGGACCGAGGCCGACAAAAAACUGAAGCGCUCGUCGCAGUUCUUUGCGACUGUUGUGCUUACGUUUGUCAUCCGGGAUCUUUCGCUGUUACUCGACAAGUACGCGAAAAAAUGCGAAAAGUGGCUUGCCGAGUAACGAGAUGCGUCGAUGCUGGUUCGUUCGACCUCAAUGCUUGGCCAAGGCUUGCCACAGCGCGUCCGGUGUCGUGGACGGCUGUGCGGCCGAAGGCUUUCCGCUGCAGCAUUGCCGCUGAGCACUGAGCAUUGCUGCUGCUGCUCCUUUCACUUUUCUUCCGGACCUAUGUCCGAGCUUGUUUAUGCAUUCACCUUAUGCGUCGCUCUUUCUCUUGCAUACUUACACAAUUCACUUUGUUUGUCUUUCUAACUGCUAGGUUGUUACAAGAAUGUAUGACUAUCACAAGUUGUUGCUAUCUGAGAUAAUGUACUGCUCAUAACGGG